AUGGCUCCGACCGGUUUAACUGCCAGCUUGCUGGCGGCACUUACGCUCUUUUCUUGUACAAUCGCUUCACCCAUCCUCGAAACCCGAUCAAGACCUUCCAAACGGGCUUUCUCCACCCCCAGUCUUUCCGUGUACUGGGGCCAAGGACCCGGCCAGCAAAGACUGGCCGAUUUCUGCCAGGAUACCACCAUAGAUGUCAUCCCGAUUGGUUUCGUCAACGUCUUCCCCGACCAGGCGGGCGCCAACAAUGGAUAUCCAGCAACUAACUAUGGCAAUGCCUGUGGCAGUCCGUAUUGGGUCGCCCCGGAUGGCACCCAGACCGAGAUGUUCACCAGCUGUUGGCAGAUCGCAGAAGACAUUCCCGUCUGUCAGGCACUGGGCAAGAAGAUCCUCGUCUCUAUCGGUGGCGACAGUCCCGGAAACUUCAUCGCCUCAUCCCAAUCAGCCAAAGACUUUGCCGACUUUCUGUGGGGAGCAUACGGUCCCCCUCAAGACACCACCCAAACCCUCUAUCCCCGACCAUUCGGCGUCGAUGUAGUGGUGGACGGGUUCGAUCUGGACAUUGAAUCCGGCGGCCCCUUCGGUUACGCCGACUUGGUCACGGAACUGAGAAGCCUUUUCGUCGGCCAACCGAAGCAAUACUACAUUUCUUCCGCCCCGCAGUGUAUCGUCCCCGAUGCUCACUUGGCCGAUGCCAUCCAAAACGCCGAAUUUGACUAUGUGUUCGUCCAAUAUUACAACACCGAUCAAUGCUCCGCCGCAUCUCUCUUCACCACUGGGUCAUUGAACACGGCAACCGACAUCUCAUUUGGCUGGGCCAGCUGGCUUCAGACCUACUCUAAGAAUCCCAAUGUGAAGCUGUUCGUCGGUCUCCCAGCAUCCACCGACGCUGCCCAUUCCCAAGACUACCUGGACCUGACCGAGGCCAAGGCCUUGAUCGAGGCAUAUGCCUGCAGCAGCACCUAUCAAUCCAUCUUUGGCGGUGUCAUGCUGUGGGAAGCCACCUACUCGGCCAACAACCAGAUCAAUGGGAAGAGCUAUGCUCAAAACAUCAAGGAUCUGUUCGGCGAGUUGUCUUGCGCCCCUGUGGUAACUACCACUACAUCGUCCACUACCACGGUCACCAGCACCACGCUCACCACCACGACUACUGAAGCUCCAGUCACCACUACCACCACCACCACCGUCGCUGUCCCGACGACGACGACGACGACUACGACCGAAGCUCCAGUCACGACGACCACCACGACUACUGAAGCUCCAGUCACUACCACCACCACGACUACCGAAGCUCCAGUCACCACUACCACCACUACCACUACCACCACCACCGUCGCCGUCCCAACGACGACGACUACCCCCCCAUACAGCUUCCCCACCACCUCUUGGACAUGGACAAACUCAAGCACUUCCAGUACCACCAUCACCACCACCACCAGCAACGAAGUCGGUCCCAUCGGUGGCUCAACCUCAACUUCAGGCAGCUCUAGCACGAUCAGCACCACCACUUCGAGCAACGAGGUUGGACCAAUUGGCGGCAGCACCACCACAAGCACCACCAGCCCAGCAGCGUCAACCACGUCUUCGACCACCACCACUUCCGGCAACGAUGUCGGUCCCAUCGGAGGAAGCACCACCGUCUCGACCUCGACCUCGACCUCUACCGCCAUCGGCGGGACGUGGGCUGACUGGACCACGACCAGCUCAUCAAGUGCUGUUGUUGGUCCCAUCUCGACCUCGGCAUCGACCGCAACCACCACUCCGUUCGCCUGGGAAGACUGGACGACAACGACCGCGCCCACCACCACCAGUGCUCCCGUGACCAUUGGGCCCGACUACACCACAACCGUGUGGGUGACGUCCUACAUUGACAUCUGUCCCACCGGCUUCACCACGCUGCCAUUCACCCUGACCACGACCAUCACCGUCACGGAGGCCGCGCCCACCGCCACAGCCACUCCUUUCGUUUGGCCUACGGGACCCAACGGAGUUCCCACCGGCUUCACCACCACCGUGACCGUGUGCUCGGCGUGCGCCGAAACCCUGACCACCGUGACGCUGACCAUCCCCAUCCCGACCGCCACCGCCGUCCAGACCCACACCGUCGUCCCCGUCGAAGCUGCCCAGCUUUCCACCAAGACCGGCGCCAUCACCCUCACCCUGACCAGCGGCGGAAGCGGAACCACCGAGACCAUCGUCAGUGCGCCGGCGCCAACAACCAUCUCUCUGGAGUCGGUCGUCGCUCCCGUUGCCACGAGCUCAGCCUCGGCCUCGACCACACCACCAAGUAACAGCGGCUGGUUGGCGCCCGCCGCGGCGUCAGGAUCAGGAUCUGUCCCUGCCUCGCCAGUCUCUCCGGCCACGUACACCGGAGGUGCGGCACCGACCGAGUUGCCAGGUAUGGUAUGGAGCGUGGCGGCAUGUGUGGCGGUUGCCGUUGCCGGCCUGUUGAUUUAA